AUGGCUUCCCAAACUCACACUCUUCCUCCUCUUCCCUACGCUUACGAUGCAUUGGAGCCCAUCAUCUCCAAGCAGAUUAUGGAGCUGCACCAUCAGAAGCACCACCAGACAUACAUCACCAACCUAAACGCAGCUCUUGCUGCUCAAACCACCGCAACUGCAUCGAAUGAUGUCCCCACAUUGAUCUCAUUGCAGCAAAAGAUUCGCUUCCACGGCGGCGGUCACAUCAACCACUCCCUGUUCUGGAAGAACCUGACUCCCCCCGGCACGCCUGGGAAUGAUCUCGGCGGGGCCCCCGCUCUGCGUGAAGCCAUCAUCUCCCGUUGGGGCUCGCAGGAAGCGUUUGUCAAGGCCUUUGGCGCUGAGCUGCUCGGUCUUCAGGGUAGUGGCUGGGGAUGGUUAGUCAGCAAAGGUGGUCCUAAGGGACGGCUUGAGAUUGUUACGACUAAGGAUCAGGACCCUGUCAAUGCGCCUGAUGUUCCUGUCUUUGGUGUAGAUAUGUGGGAACAUGCCUACUACCUCCAGUACUUGAACAACAAGGCUGGCUACGUCGAGGGAAUCUGGAAGAUCAUUAACUGGGCGGAAGCGGAGAAGCGUUACACUGCUGGCGUGGAGAACCCGCUGAAGCUGACAUGCUUUACUCACUCAAUGCGCAUUUCGACAUUUCGACACGCUCUGAGUGCGUGGUAUGUCUCGAUAUCAUCCGUUCGGAAGAUUGCUCUCGUUUUAUGGGUGGUUGCAUCCGAGUCACGGAAGAAGAGAGAGUAUGAUGACAUUGAGGCAAUCGACGAUGAUGAUGCAAAGGAUGAUACUGAUGCUGGCGACGAGGAUAAUGACGUAUCUGGAAUGUUUGAGCUCUGA